AAAAAUCAGUUGUAUUGAUAAACGCUACAUUCAAUUUUUUUGUUUUUAAUAUUAAUUUUCUUUAAACAUUCAUAAUUUAAAUGAUUAUUUUUGGUUAAGUUAAUUUUUGAGUUUAAUACAUCAACAUUUUUGUUCAUUCCCUUUGAGUUUUUGUUAGUUUAGUCUUUUGUUUUUGAAAUUCUGUUUAAAAUUCAAUUAAAAAUGUUUCAAAACCUGCGUAAAAAAGUGAAUUCAGUUUUGCCAGACAUCGAAAAUAUGUAUUUAUCAAGCACAAAUCAUAUUCCGAGUACAUCAUCAACGGUCCCAUCAACGUCGUCGUCCAAUAAAGUUUUGAAUCAACUUGGUUUACUAUUACCAUCAACAUCAACCAAUGACACCACAAAAUUUCCAUCAUGGCCAAAUUCCGAUGCAAUCAAUUUUUCGGCCGGAUGUAAAUUAUUGGAACGCAACGAAAAAAUCUGGGAAGAAUUACAUGUGGCCAACGAAUCAAAUGCAAAAAAGGCUGAAACAUGUGAUGCAAUUAUUUCAAAUCUAAACGUUUCCAUUAAAAAAAGAUGCAUCGAUUUAUCCGAUAUCAAUGUGUCGCUCGAGAUCAUUCCAAAUAUUGUGCAAACGAUUGAAAACUGUUCAGCGAUCAUAAUUGAAAUCAAUGGAAAAUGCACGGAAGUGGAAAAUCAACUAUUUGAAUUAGAAGAUCUUAUUGAACUGUUACAGUUACAGGAGAAACAAUUGGAUAGCAAAUUCGAAAUGGCUAUGUUUAAAGAACGAAAAUUGGCCAAUUUGGAGAAGGUUCGACAAAGUUUGGCAUCAAAGCAUGCAGCAACGGUGAAGGAAAGUGAACGACAAAUGCGAUUGCGUCAACAGGAACGACAGGCCGUUUUCCAAGAUGCCUUUCAAAGUGAUCUUAAGUAUUACAAGGAAGUUGGAAAAAUUCCAAAAAUCGAGAUUGAACAUAAAAGUGCCCAACAAACACUAAGCCUAGAGGAAAUUGUAUUGGAUAAUGAAUUGGAAAAAAAGGAGUUGGAUAAAUUUUUAGAAGAAUGAUGCUACCGAAGGCCUCUGAAUUAAACAAUAUUGUGAUAUUGAUAAUUUCCUAUCGGAAGACGCGAGAUUCUUCCGCAUACAUUUUCUUGAAAUGAAUUUUAUAUUAGAAUUAUCAAAUUAUACCUCAUACAAUCCGAAUUCUUCCCGAUGAACAUUUAAUUGAAGUGCCUGAUCGAGAUAUCAUUUUUCCCAGAUAAAAUGUAAAUACGCCGAUUUUUAAAAUCAAAACCGUUUUUAAAACUUUUACACACCAAAUACUGAAUGAAAUUCUGUACAAUAAAUUUCCCCAUAAUUUCUACAA